ACAAUCCCACUCCCAUCGCACUUUAUGAUCCCCCAGUCGCCUUCCUCGCGCCUGAAGCACGACAUCACCAUGAGGCAGCUGGGGACCUUUCUUGUAAUUUUUUCAGCCUUUUAUUCCAUCCAGGUACAGUCAGCUGGAGGCCUACAUGAAUUCUGUUCACUGGCACCAGAUGAGGGACAAAGCACUGGUGACAGUUUCAUGAUCUACCUCCACUACGAUACCGUCCAAGACAAGUGCCAACCAUUUAAGUACUUUGGAUCCGGCGGUAAUGGGAACCGCUUUAUGUCUGAAAAGGACUGCAUGAGAAACUGCUCAGCUAACGCCAUCAAUGUUUACCCUGUGUCGGAGAGGGAUGCGUGUCACCUCCCGAAGGCCUCAGGAGAAUGCCUGGGUAGCUACCUGCGUUACCAUUAUGACUCGGUCCAUCAUAAAUGUAAGAAGUUUCUCUGGACCGGCUGCGCUGGGAACGGCAACCGCUUCCUUGACUUUCAGGCCUGCAACAGCACAUGUUAUGGAGAAACAGAUCCUGGUGAGGACCCGGAGGAGGAAGAACCGGACACCCCAGUUGCACUGAUUUUGGGAGUGGUCUUUGGUCUCAUUGGAGCUGCCAUUCUGGUUGUUGUUAUUGUUUUGGCAGUGAAGACAAAACCUAGUGGCAAAAAGGCCCAGAAAUCCCCCAAAGGAACAGACACUGCAGCACCACUUCGAGAUGAAGGAAUCGAGAUGUCAUAGUAAAGCAAUGCUCAUUUCUCAUUGGCCAACAUCUGGAUGCUCAUUUCCCAUUGGCCAACAUCUGGAUUCUCAUUUCCCAUUGGCCAACAUCUGGAUAUGGGCGAAUGGGGGGGGGGGGGGUAGUCUUUCUACUUACAGUCUUGACAUGUACAUGGCUUUUAUAAUAUCCACAUGUGAGUGAUUGAAUGAAUUGUGAAUCUUCAUUGAAACUAAUAAUAAAAUACCGUAGGAUGGGUAGAACAGGGAGGAAAUAGGAGAGAGGAAAGAGGAGAGAGGAUAUCUCCCAAUCGCUGGUAUAAACUGCCGCUGCCUAAAGAACAGAGAUCAACACUUCCAGCACUAAACUUGUCCAGGGAGGAUGAUUCUUGGUCGGCUCCAUUAUGGCCUCCCAUGAAGAGUCUCCAUUUGAAAUGUGCUAAGGAUUAGAAUAAAUCCUGCAAGCUCCUUUACAUAAAAUAAUGAAUUACACAAGUGAUCAAUUGGACCCUGUCCAUCUCUAAAUGUGAUGUUUUACAUGCGGCAACCUCUACUUCAUUAAGGUUAUUUUGGUUUAAUUUCGUUUGUUUGAUUUUGUGUCUGACUGCUUUUUUUAUGGAACAGGCGUAAAGCCCUUGACACCUUUUGUUUAGAACUAAAUGAACAUUUUCUGUGUUCACUAUUUGUCAAGUACAAGGGGAAAUGUGUUUUUGUUUUUAUUACAUUUCAUUUACCAUUUAUACAAACAGAAAUGACAACAAUCUUUUACUGUGACAGGAGGGGCCUGACUUGUUUUUUUAUUAAAUGAAAUGAAACGACUCGAGAAACAUCAUGACCAGUUCCUUUGGGCAUACUGGAUUGGGUAUGUGAACAUGUAAUAAAGAGUGUUUCUUUAAACUUGCCUCAUUCUUUCCAAAUAAAGGCCACAAUAUCACCUCAA